GAAGCGGUUUUGUGAGCGGUCAUGCCGCUGGUGGUUCUGUGCGGGCUGCCGGAUAGCGGCCGGAGCCAGCGGGCCGACGAGCUCCGGAGGGCGCUGGAGGCCGAGGGUCGCCCCGUGACCGUCGUGCGCGACGCCGACGUGCUCGGGGCCGGCGAGUCGGCGGCGCUGCGCGAGGCCUACUCCGACCCGACCCGCGAGAAGGCGUUACGCGCGGCCCUCAAGGCCUCGGUGGAGCGCGUCCUGGGCCCCCGGGCCGUCGUCCUUCUCGACUCACUCAACUACAUCAAGGGCUUCCGCUACGAGCUCUACUGCCUGGCCCGGGCGGCGCGCACCCCGCUCUGCCUGCUCUACUGCCUGAAGCCGCGGGCGCCGGGCCUCCGGGAGGAGGAGGAGGACAGCCACCCGCAAGCGGGGGCGGCGCCCGGCAGCUGGCGGCCCAGGGCCGCAGAGCAGGAGCACGGACCGCAGGCUGGGGACACCCAGGAGGACCGCGCGCCCCGCCAAGAGGCCUGCGAGGAAGGCCCGGAGGAGAGUGGGGGCUUCGGGGUCACGGAGGCCGGAGCGGCCGAGGAUGCGGAGCCUGAGUGGGUCGGGGGCCAGGAGCCGGGGCCAGACCUCCGCUUUCCCCCCGAACUCUUGGACUCUCUGGCCCAGAGGUUUGAGGCCCCAGACUGCAGGAAUCGCUGGGACCGGCCCCUGUUCACGGUGGUGGGUCCCGAGGAGCCCCUGCCCCUGCCCCAGAUCUGGGCGGCCCUCUUCGAGAGCCAGGUGCCCGCGCCCCACCAGGCUACCCAGUCCCAGCCUCUGUCCUCCACCAACUUCCUGCACCAGCUGGAUCAGGUCACCAGCCAGGUCCUGGCAGCCCUGAUGGAGGCCCAGAAAACGGCCGUCCCGGGGGACUUGCUGGCCCUGCCCGGGACCACCGAGAGGCUGCUCUUCACUCGCCCCCUUUCCAUGGCUGAGCUAAGUCGCCUCAGGCGCCAGUUCAUCUCCUACACCAAGAUGCACCCCAACAAGGAGAAUCUGCCCCAGCUGGCCAACAUGUUCUUGCAGUACCUGGGCCAGAGCCUCCACUGAAGGAAGGGGGAGGGUCGAGGGCGGGGCGGGAAGCCUGUGGCUGCCUCCUGUUCCUCUGGCCCCCAGUGCCCAUCACUCCCCCUAUCAAGUGGUAUAAGACUGUGGGGACAAGCUGACUGUGUUUGGGCUUAGUGACAGCGGUGCUUGAAUACACAACAGGGCUUUAGGUGGACAACACUAGGUGUGACACUCUAUUGGGGGGGGGGGACAACCCAAGAGAAUUCUGUUUUUGAGUUGAUAUGCUGCAAUAAAAGGUUUUGUUUUUAA